AGUAAAUUUUAAUUUAAUAACAAAUUUUUAAUUUUCUAAAACUUUUGAUGUCUUUAUGUUUGCCCAUCACGUUAUCAUUUUGAGUGACGAUUCUGAUAAGACUAUAGUGCCAAGAUCAUGAUAAUUUGCAGUGAUGAUAAAUAAUAAUCAUUGCACAAGGCUAUUUUUACAUGCAUCGUCCAUGUCCCAAUUAAUAAAAAAUAGAUGAGAGAAAAAACUAUCGUAUUCCAAAAGGAAGUCCCCAACUCUUUCUAAAAUUUUAAUUCAAAAUUCCAAGAUUCUAACAAAAAAAAAUUUCUUCCAACACAAAAAAAAUACAAAUAACUUAGAAACGAAAAAAGAACUUGACUAGAAAUAGAAACAUUUAUUUGUAUUUCGCAUUUUCGAAACAAGUAAAUAUUUUCCAAAUCAUUUUCAAAAAAAAAAAAAAAAAAAUACACGAUUAGUUUAAACAAAUGCAGGAAAUUAAGUUAAUUUUCGCGCCAAGCGGUGCUAUAUUUGACAUGAGUGACACGUUACCCUUUAUGAUUUACGCUCGGUAACAAAUACAUUGGAUGAUAACGCUUAUAAUUUAUCACCGUUGAGUGAAAACGGCGACGUCCUUACUAGAGGAAAGAGUCUGAGAUUGAUCACUGUGCUUGUCAUACGCUUUUGAGAUUAGUUCCGCGAUACACUUUUUUCCAAAAAAAAAAUUACUAUAAUAACAAAAAAAAAAGAAGAAACCAAAAAUCUUGAUUUACAACACAUUUUUAUAAAAUAUUUCCUGUUUUCAUUUUCCAAACAAAAUUCAAAACAGAACCUUAUAAUGUAUAAAAGAGAAUAUAAAAUUAUUUCAUAAAGCAUGAUGAUAUCAAUAAAAGAAAAAUGGAUAAAAUUUAAUUUUAUUGCUAGAAAAAAAAAAUAUAAUUAUAUGUUAAAUAUUUACAAGGAAUAAAUUAAUUUGAAUGUACAUAAAAUUUUUUCUAAAGAUUGGAAUGGCAAAAAAGUUAGUGCAAGAUUCAAGAACAAUGUAUGAUGAGAAGGAGACCAUCAAGCCGAUACAGGCCAGGACCGGUGCGCAAGCUUCGUAGAAGAGCAGUUCUAAAAAGCGGCGAGUGUAACGUUCUUCAAUCACGAAUUUCCAGACGAUCACUAAGAUUUCUACAGGACAUAUUCACAACACUCGUCGACACCCAGUGGCGUUGGACUCUAUUGUGCUUCACGCUAAGUUUCCUCCUAUCAUGGUUAGGUUUCGCACUAAUCUGGUGGCUAAUAGCCUUCACGCACGGGGAUUUCGAUCCACGACACUUGCCCGAUUUUCAAUCACAAAACAAUUGGACCCCUUGUGUGACGAAUAUUUUCAGUUUCACCAGUUGCUUCCUCUUCUCAAUCGAAACACAACACACAAUUGGCUACGGCGGCAGAUCAACAACAGAAGAAUGUCCCGAAGCAAUUUUCGUAAUGUGCAUACAGAGUAUAUCGGGAGUUAUGAUACAGGCCUUCAUGGUCGGUAUUGUCUUUGCAAAAAUGAGCAGACCAAAGCAAAGAACACAAACUCUCCUCUUCUCAAGGAAUGCCGUCAUUUGUCAACGAGAUGGUCUCCUGUGUCUUAUGUUUCGUGUCGGUGAUAUGAGGAAAUCGCAUAUUAUUGGAGCUACGAUUAGGGCUCAGGUGAUCAAAUCGAGAACCACCAAGGAGGGUGAGAUUCUACCUCAACAUCAACAGGAAUUGAAUGUUGGCACCGAUGGGGAAAAUGAAAACAUCUUCUUCAUAUGGCCAAUGACAAUUGUCCACAAGAUUGAUGCGGAAUCGCCAUUUUAUCAUUUGUCCGCUGAAGAUAUGCUGUCUGAGCGUUUCGAAGUGGUUGUCAUUCUAGAAGGGACUAUUGAGUCGACUGGUCAAACAACGCAAGCCAGGUCCAGUUAUUUACCGCAGGAAAUCCUCUGGGGUCAUAGAUUCGAGUCUCUUGUUAAUUACUCCAAGGAGAGACAAGGCUAUGAGGUCGACUACUCUUUAUUCAAUAAUACAACUCAGGUUGAUACACCUCUGUGUUCUGGAAGGGAGCUCUCAGAGUUUUAUAGAGUUCAAGAUGAACUUCGUCAUGGAACUGGUUACUUGGUCGAUGAAGAUAUUAUGGAUCCUUAUCACGACGUUAAUUCACACUGUAAUCACGUAAUGCAUCGUCAAUCAGCGAUUCCUGGUCAUCAUUUGAUGCAUUCCGACAGCAUACGAAGCGAAACAAGUCUAGAAGAUAGUGGAUUGGGUCGCAGUUUUUGUAGGGACAGUUGUGCCAAUACUAGUCACACAUCUCAUCACGGUCCAAAGGAAUCGAAUCACUUUAAAAUUGUCGAAAUAGAUCCCGAUGCCAUUCAUGUAAUUGGAGACACAGAACUUCAACAACUUCCAGAAUCUGUAAAUCGGGAAAUUUUGCGAAACAGCAGAGAAAUAGUUUAUGAAGAUGAUCACGAUCAUCAUCGAGAACACAAUCACAAGGAAAUUAAUCACAGAGAACACAAUCAAUCGGAUUUAAGAGAUACUUCACAAGAAGUUCUACUUAUUCCAAAACCAGUUUACGCCACAAAGAAGAAUCACAAAUAUCUACUUUUCGAUGAAGAAAGAAGAUCUCUAAACGGUUCGAAAAGAAACUUAAGUAAUCGAAAUCUACUACUAUCGGAAGAUGACAAAAGAUCUUUGAAUGGUUCUCGAAGAAAUUUGAACGGUUCGAAAAAAUAUCUCCUACUAGCACUUGAUAAGUCUGAAAGUAAUAGAAAUCUCUACGUGGGCAGUAGGGAAAAUUUGAUAGUCUCUCGAAGACACACAGGCAGUAAAGAAAUGUUGAACGGCAUCAAGAAGAACAUAGUAGGAAUCAAAGGAUCUGAAGAAACACCCGAACCAAGACAAAAAAGAAGAACAAACGAUAUGAUAAACGACGGAAAUUACGAAGUGGAGAAAUUAUUAAGAAAAGGUGCUCGAUCUGGACUACAGGAAAUUGUGGUACAUCGUUCGGAAAGAAAUUCUCCUUUUCAAGAAACUUUAAUACCUAAUUCCAGAUUAGAAUCAAAAUCCCGUGAAGAAGUAUCGUCUCGAGAUUCUGAUUUCUUGAAUGAAGGUCUAUUUCCACUAGAAAAUAAUAAAUCUGACAAAUUAUCGGGCAGCAGUGUUGUUAUAAGAAAUAGGAGAAGUUACGAGCAUGCUCAACUUCAGGAUGUUAAUAAUAAGAUAGAUAGACCUAAUAGUGGUAAUAGCUCAUCCGAUAGUGACAUUACGACUGGAACUGCUAGUUCCACAGGUCUUUCUGGAAUACAAAAUCCUCCUACAAGAAAGCCAGUCCCCUUUACCAGUGUCUGAUCUUCCUACAAUAGUAGAUAAGUAAUUUUGUACAGUCAAUGGUGUGCUUGACUUACUAGCAAAAACGAGAUACGACAAUUUUUAUAAACACAACAUCAAGUGCCAAUUAUGUCACUCUAUAGAUAUAAUCAAAUAUCACUAUCUACCAGAUGUUAGAUAGAGAACUCUGUGAUUUGUUAUAAUAAUUCUAAUAGCAACUCUAGAUUGUUUUUUUUAAAACAGUAACGAACGGUCAGAGAAUGUUUAUUACGGAAAAAUAAAAAGAAAUUAGUCAUAUGUGUAAAUUUAGAAAAAUAGGAAUUGUAGUUAUUAAAAAUUUUCGGUAGAAUGAAAGAGAAAACUUUUUUCGACUUCUAUUUUUCUUUCAAAUUUCUCAGUACAAUUCUCUCAAAUAAUGUAGAUUCAAAUGAUUUCACUUGUAACAUAAAGACUUGAAUCGAAGUUAUUAAAGAUUUUUCAUAAAUUCUUUAAAUUUUUAGAUUAUGAAUUCUCUUUCAAACUACAAUUACUCAAUUAACCGCUGGUCGGUCUUUUAAAUCUAGAAUUAAAAAAAACUGAAGCAAAUAUUUUUCAUCGACAGUGGUAAGGAUUUUCUCAAAAGUACCUUGUUAUCUAGAUUAAUAAUAAUACAAUAAUUGAUAUUGCAUUAAAUAUCAAUGUAUGAUUACAGUAUUAGAGUUUAUGAUAAGAAUAGUUCAGAGCAGUAUAAAGAUUUUCAUUCACUAGAAUUACAUUAAUAAUUUCAACAAAACAGCAAAGGAGAAAAUAUAUUAUUUUAAGUUUCCCAGUUUUUUAAAAACUUUUUCAAAAUUAAUAAACAGUGAAAUUUAACAAUUCAAAAUUAGAAAAAUAAAACAAUAACAGUUUCCGAAAGACUUAGACGUAAAAAAAGUAAAUACUGCUAUUUCUUAAAACUGCCCGGUGGCUAGGAAAAGAAUACUAUUUUUUCUAAAAUUUAUAACUAAGAGUGCCUUUCCUUAAAAAUAAAUUCUAAACAAAUAAUAAUCUAAUCAAGUGCCAAAUGUAUAAUAAAAAAAGAAAAUUUUCAGUAAUUAAAAAUUCUUUUCCUAAUGACGAAAGUAAACAAACGCACAGACAAUAAACAGUCUAUACAAAUCAAUUAUUUAAAUAUAUAAUGUAAAUUUUUAAUAUUAAAAAUUGAAUUAAUAUUUAUUGCUUCAGAUGUACCAUAUAUAUAUAGACUAUAAGAAAAUAAAAAUUACUGAGUAAUUUUAGUGUAAAAAAAUAAUAGAAACGCGUAUUCUUAUUUUACUUACGAAUAAAAAAUAGACAAUCGCAGGACGAAAACUUUAAAAAUUAUUUGCUUGUAAAUGAAAGGAACGCUUAAUAUUGUCAAUAUUAUACAAUUUGUAAAUAAUACUGUGAUUUUUAAACAUAAUUUAUGAGAAUGUUAUUUUUAAUGAACUGCAGUUGAAAAAGUACAAUAAUUUAUGUUUUUAUUAUUUCUCCCAACUAAUAUUUUAAAUUUUAUGUUUUAUUUAUUUUCAAAUAUA